CGUGCGGUGCGGGCGCUGGGUUGCUGGCUGCGGCCGCGGUUGCUGCGGCCGCCGCCUCGUCGGGCCGGCCUGGGACGGCGGAGCUGGGAGCAGGCGCGGGAGCGGCCGCAGUUACCUCGGUGUUGGGCAUGUACGCCGCGGCUGGACCGUACGCGGGGGCACCCAACUACAGCGCCUUCCUGCCCUAUGCUGCGGACCUCAGCCUCUUCUCGCAGAUGGGCUCUCAGUAUGAACUCAAGGACAACCCAGGGGUGCACCCAGCCACCUUCGCAGCCCACACAACGCCUGCUUAUUACCCCUAUGGCCAGUUCCAAUACGGGGAUCCCGGGCGACCUAAGAACGCCACACGCGAGAGCACCAGCACGCUGAAAGCCUGGCUCAAUGAACACCGCAAGAACCCGUACCCCACCAAGGGAGAGAAGAUUAUGUUGGCCAUCAUCACCAAGAUGACCCUCACACAGGUCUCCACCUGGUUCGCCAAUGCGCGUCGCCGCCUCAAGAAGGAGAACAAGGUGACAUGGGGGGCGCGCAGCAAGGACCAGGAAGACGGCGCCCUCUUUGGCAGUGACACAGAGGGCGACCCCGAGAAGACCGAGGACGACGAGGAGAUCGACCUGGAGAGCAUUGACAUCGACCAGAUCGACGAGCGUGAUGGCGACCAGAGCAAUGAAGACGAGGAGGACAAGACUGAAGUUCCUAGGGCGCGCGGAGCCCCUCCCACCCUAGCUCGGGACCAGGGCUCACCGUUGUCGGCCGCCGAGGCACUCAAGUCCCAAGAUUCGCCCUUAGGCCUGGCUAAGGAAGUCUCAGAGCCCGGCAGCACGCGUCUGCUGAGUCCUGGCGCCUCGGCGGUCGGCCUGCAGGGCGCGCCGAACAGCAAGCCCAAGAUCUGGUCGCUGGCUGAGACAGCCACUAGCCCCGACGGCGUUCCCAAAGCAUCUCCACCACCACCCACCAGUCAUCCUAGCGCGCACGGGCCUCCCAGCGGCGCGCCCCUGCAACACCCGGCCUUUCUGCCCAGCCACGGACUGUACACCUGCCACAUAGGCAAGUUUUCCAACUGGACGAACGGCGCGUUCCUCGCACAGGGCUCGCUGCUGAACAUGCGCUCCUUCCUGGGUGUUGGGGCACCACACGCCGCACCCCACGGCCCACACCUGCCCGCACCACCACCUCCACAGCCACCUGUCCAGGUUGCCACUGGGUUGAUCCACGGUGACAAGGCCUCCGCUCGUAGCAGUCCUGUGCUUCCAGAGAGAGACCUAGUCCCCAGGUCGGAUUCGCCCCCACAGCAGUUAAAGUCGCCCUUCCAGCCCGUGCGCGACAACUCGCUGGCCCCGCAGGAGGGAACGCCUCGGAUCCUCGCAGCUCUCCCGUCUGCUUGAUUAAGGGUCGUCUUUUACUUUUGCGGGGG